UACACCUUGUAUACAUUUAAAUCUGAUGGGCCUAUGGAAUGCUACAAAGCGCUACGACGCGCUACGCUGCGUAGCGAUGGCCCUUUCAUGUUGCGACUGUGAAAAUAAAAAACGCUACGCUACGUAGCUAGUAAUUUAUCAAGUUAAUUAUUAUGCCGAUAAAUGUAAUGUAAAUAAUAAUUCAAUUUAUUUACCACAACAUCGAUGGUACCUACCUACAUUGGUACAUAGCAAACCUACCUACAUUGGUACAUAGCAAAAAGUACUAAGAGAUUGUUUGGACUAGAAUAGAUGUGGUUUUCCCGAGGGGCUACAGUAUGGGGUUCUUCAAAAAAGGAGUAUACAGGUUUUUAAAGGAUCGGCAACGCGCAUGUAAUACCUCUGGUGUUGCAGGCGUCCAUAGGCUACGUGCUCACCAUUAGGCGGGCCGUAUGCUUGUUUGCCACCGUCGUGGUAUAAAAAAAAUACAUGUACCAAUACAUCAAGUUACUUUGUGGGGUCAAACGUCUAACAGGCAUUGGCCCUGUAUUAACUUGUGUCGCAUUUUACCAACAAAUGAAAGUUGUCUAAAACUUCUUUACAUUCCUUACUCUUAUGCACAAAAUGCGAUUAUAUUUCAAACUUAAAUAUUUUCUGAAACUUCGGCAAACAACGGUAAAUAUGAAAAUGUAACAAUCUCUAGCGCUUUACUAGUCCCUAUUGCAGCCCUCAGUACGCCAGUACGCAGCUUUCCGUAAAUGGAGGCGGUCGCUCGCUCGCUCUUCGUCUGUAUAUUACGCGAUAAAAAAAAACUAAUAAUUGUAUCGACAAAAGACCUGCAAUUGGGAGUGUUCGAAAUUUAAAAUUACAACGUUAACUUUCGUUGUUUCGCGGGUGUUCGAAACUUUUAAAUUGGGUGUUUUAGUGUGGUGUUGGUGAAGUUUUUCAAGUGUUUUUAUAUGUGUCAUGGAUUGCGAUGGUGCGAUAACAAAUUAACAAGAUGCAGGGAUUACUAAUCAAACCGUUCUGAAUAAACAUGCGCAACGCAUCCUGUUGACGAAUCACUCAGCUUCUUUCAUGAAACAAAUGAAUCCGGUCUACACAACCGCCCAGGAAUGCCGCACGAGGCGAUGAGCGACGUAGCAAAAUGGCUCAUGAACAUUGGAAGGCAUGGAUGAAAAUUGCCUGCACCGUAGUACUCCUCGCUACAAGUCUGGCAGACUUUACCACAGAAUGCCAGAGACCCUGCGACUGCCGGUGGCAAUCUGGCAACAAAGCUGCCAUCUGCUCAAAUUCCAGCCUAAAAUCUGUUCCUGCCAACCUAAGCAACGACAUACAAAUCUUAGACUUAUCCAACAAUAAUCUGCUCACCUUACAUCAAGAAGCUUUCAAGAAAGUCGGCCUAAGUAACCUUAAAAAACUUUUCUUAAAAGAAUGUAACAUAGAACUUGUACAUAAAACAGCAUUCGCUACACUAGCCAUAAUGAUAGAACUCGAUUUGUCUAGAAAUCGAAUUCGAAAUCUGCACCCGGACACCUUCAAAGGCACGGAGAAACUUCGUCUAAUAAACCUGAGCAAUAAUUUGAUCGACAAACUUGAGGACGGCGUAUUCCGCAACUUGAAGUACCUGCAGAAAGUCGAAGUCAGCAAUAAUAAGAUCGUUCGUAUCGGAACUAAAGCUUUCGUCAACUUGCCUCAACUAAAGAUAUUACGAUUCGACGGCAACAGUCUGAGUCAUAUGAAGCCAGAAACUUUAAUGGCCCUUCAUAACUUAUCCGGGUUGGAUCUGCAUAACAACCCGUGGCGAUGCGAUUGCAAUCUGCAAACGUUCAGAGACUGGGUGAUGACUCAUAACUUAUACACUCCCCCUACCGCCUGUGCAGAGCCCGCUGUGGUCAAAGACAAACUUUGGAACGAAUUAGACUCAUCUAAUUUCGCGUGCCGGCCUACUAUUCUGGAACCCGCUCCAGACGCAAGACUCAAGAGUUACGACGAAAACGUGACCUUAAUAUGCAAAGUCGUUGGAAACCCGAAUCCUGAAGUUGUGUGGCGUUAUAACGGCAGGGUUAUUGAGACAAGAUCUUUUGGGGAAAUCAGAUAUGUGAUGACUGAAAACACUAUGGACCUGAUAAGAUGGGUAAAUUUGACCAUUGUUAACGUCCGAUACAGCGACAGAGGAAACUAUACGUGUAUCGCCGAGAAUCCAGGCGGUCGAGAUGAAAAGACGCUAACACUAAUUUUAUCUAAAUAUGGAAGCCCUGGCACUAUUUUAGGCUUAGAUACUGACACUUUUGCUAUAUUAAUAGGCUGUUUAACAGCUCUAAUUUUAAUCGGUGCGGCUGUUCUUGGAGUAUGUUACUUCACGACACAGAAUAAUGAUUCGAAAAGACUGAUCAAGACGGAUACGUCAUCGAAUGGGGAUAUUCUGAUUGAGAACUCCGUUGCGUCUGAGUUAGAGAAGGGGUUUAAAGUGGAGGUGAACCCAGUGACGAAGCCUCCCAGAAAAUAUGAAGCUCCUGCGUCGCUGACCAGCGAAGCCACCGAGAUGUCUGAGCUGAACAGAACACUGCUAGACAACGAGUCAAUGUUAGCAUCCACCGAAGACAACAGUAGACAUCACGAUGUAGACCUUCCGAAGAUAUCUCAAGAAACACUCCUUUUAGAACGACUCACGCAGGAACACCAAGCAUAUCCUCCUGACCUGUUGUCCUUCCCUUUAAGGGGAGGAACUCAGGUAUCGCCAGCCAGCGGCUCCAGUCAAGACCGCAAAAACCUGACGGACAGCCCCAUAAAGUCUCCGGGAUACGGUGUCACUGCCAUACCACCUGGCUACAAAUUCCAACUACCAACUACGUCCCAAGCAUCAAUGACCGCUAAGGGUGGUUAUGUUACUCUUCCAAGAAGACCUAGAGGAAAUUGGUUUCCUGAAAGCACUCAUCCUCAGGUCUUCUCGACGCUUAAUGGCGUCCUACCUUAUUACGAACACUUCAAUAUGAAGCUGUUCAAUAACGGUGCAAAUUAUUAUAGCUUGAAUAAAAGCGAGAUGGAUUUAGGACCUAUGAAUAAGCUGAGAACAGGUUUUCAUGAUGGUUCCGAAGAAAUUGAGCCUGCACCAUCACCAGCGCCAGGGACGCCUCAUGCAACUAUUCCAAGAAGCAGUUUGAGCUCACCAAAUAUACACAACCAGUUGCUAGCUCUCCAGGCUAUGAGUUACAACGCUCUUCAAGGAAGAAUAACGAAGGCCUCAGAACAGAGGCCGCUUAGAAUAACGCUAGCGGAGAACGAAAGUCUUCUGAAAAAUCCAGUGCGAGAUUUGAGGGUAGGUUUGAGUGCAAAUAAUUUAAACAGGACACGAACGGCUCCCAAACCUCCUCCAAAACCGAGGAAAAGGGGGUCCAGUGAGUUAAAAGAACCGUUUCUUUUCAAUACUGGCGAUACCGCCACGCAAGUGUAAAGUGAUAUAGAAAUAUACCUAUGUAAUCUUUAGAUUUAAGAAACAUUUUUGUCACCUAUAAAAUAGGGAUGCUAAAAUAUUGCUCUUUUGAAUGCUAUGCCGAAUUUUAUCCUUAUAUUUAUACUAAAGUUACUAAACAGUACGAGUAUGUGGAUAAAAUAUAAGUUUUAUUAAUUACCAGUACUAACUAUACAUUUCAAUUUUAAGGCAAUAAAUCAAACAGACGGUAUUCAUACUUUUAAAAUUUUAUUCUGAAAUGCUGAAUGUCUGCUUUACAUUCUCUUAUACCAAAAUACGGCCCGAUUCGAAGAAUGAAAUACGAUACUGAUAAGUUCUGGUCUAGAGAAGUUCACUUUUAGAUAUCGUUUGUAUGUCGUAUAAUUGACAGCAGCAGCUCGAUUUGGGCAACCAAUGUCACUUUGACGUUAGAAAUAUUGGGAUCACAGCGGAAUCGAAAUAAACGUCAAUUUGACAUGUCGUUUAGAAAACGAUCUUUUAAAUAUCUUUCCAAGAUCUUAAACGUGUCUUAAUCAUUCUUCGAAUCGGGCCGAUAAUUUGAAACAUUUACAUACAUAUAAACAUUUGAAAAAGUUGCCGGGUCGGAGCGCCUGACACGUCAUUUGCUAUGACGGCUGAUCGGUGAUCACGUGGCGUUUUCUAUAGAAAACGUAGCGCCGAAAGCUCCGGCCCGGCCCUGGCCCGGUCUAGCGUGAGUCAUCCUUUAGUGUGUAUGUGUAAGGGAGACUGAGACCUGGAGAUUGAACUUAUGAUCUCAUUUUACUUAGCUGGAUAUUUACUUGCACCUACUGCUGUGAAUCUUUACUUAAAAGUUCUACUAAUCAAGUCGAUUUAUAAUAGCUGGCGCGAGAUUUAUAAACAUUCGGCACUUACUAUUUAAUUUGUACUCCUAAUAGUGCUCCUAGACUGGCAGAUUUUUUAAUGAUAGGUCACAUAGGAGGCAAGCGGGCAGACGAACUGCGUAAGCAAUUACCAGACAACACCAGAGGGCUUAUAAGUGCGUUACCGGCCUUUUCUUGAAGGUCCGGAAAUACCUGUAAGUCACAAGUACCUACAACAUUAUACCGGGUGUGGUCUGUAACACGAGCAAAGAAUUAAACUGUAGGCUCUACUCCUCAAACUAAACAACAUUUGCUCAGCAACUUUUAAAAAUAACUUGUAUAUUGACUUUUAGAACGUUUUAAAGUUUGUUCUAAGACGCAAUGUAUUGCGAAUUCUUUUGACUGACUAGCAACGUCAAUUAGACUGAUGAGAGGACAUCACAUUGAAAUUACAUUGAAGGUAAUAUUUAUUUACAAAGUCACUGAACAAAUGUCGGUUAGUUUGAGGACUACCUACAUUUAAUUUUUUUGCUCGUGUUACAGGCCACACCCGGUAUAACAUUAUCCAUAUUAUGAUGUUGUCCCUGUCACACGAUGCUAUUUAACAUUAUAUAACUUUUUUUUUUAUUACGAAAAGAUAAGCAUUUGACCACAAUCUCACCUGAUGGAAAGUGCCAGUUACUUGAGCACAUUAAAAAUAAUGGUCCGAGAUGUUUAAGUUUUUUAACAUUAUCCAGUCUCCACCAAAAUAAUAGGUGUAAAAAAAGUAUAAUGUUUAAACGUGUCUGUAGACAUUUUGUUCCACUGCUGGUCUAGUAACCGGGAUGAUUUUUAUAAAUUUAUGUGGAAUCAGAUAUAUGGAGAAUAUGUUAGAUGAGAAAAGUUAUAUGCAACAGAUAAGUUGUAUAAGUUUUUGUAUGAUGUUGUAAAUUCUUUCGACCCUAUUCAAACUUCAAGAUAGGUACGUCAAAUAUUAGGUCUAGCAGAUACGACCUGAAUCGGAUAUGUUAAUGUCAAAAGUGUGUUUCUUCCAGAGACAUGUCAGUCGCUUCGCUUGAUAGACAGAUGAAGUGUGCGAAAGGGAAGCCAUGACGUAUAUGAACAAGCCAUAAGUGCAAAAGAGGCAGACUACAUAUGAGAAAACGUAACCAAUUUUGAGUUCGAAGGCGGCCGAGGCGGCCAAAAUCAUAUUGCCGUAUUUUUUAACGUGAAAAAUAUAAGCGAAUCAAAAAGAAAAAUAUAUAUUAAGUAAUUUAGUGACGAUGGUGUCAUGUUGUGUGCCGGGUUGUAGUGUUUCAGGGCCAAAAACCCCAGGAAAAUACUCAUUUCACAGGUAAUUAUGAUAUUCCUAGCGAAAUUUUCGUAACGAUAUUUUAUCAAAUUAACAGCAUAAAAAGUGUAAAAAAGCCAAUUAUAACAGUUCAUUAUAAGUUUUUCUUCAAUUGUGUGUUAAUAUUUCAUCAUAUUAGUCAAUAAUUUAGAAUAUUUUGUGUAAAAACCUAAACUGUUACUUUACGCUAGGUCUUGACAAAAUGUUCAUAUGACUGUAUCGAUAACUUGUCGGUAUAUUAGUAGGUAUGGAAUUAGUUGUUCACAAGACAUCAUUAAGAUAUUACCUUUAUAACCGACUUGAAAUAAUAACGAUUGUUAUAAUACCUUUUUUGAACGUGUACAUGUUUAGCGAUAAAUUUAAACUUCACUUUCCAACACAGUACUUACAUUUUAACCACUUUUCCACGGCUUUGCCUCCAACACAAGGAAACACAAGACAGUGUAUACUUGUACACAGCGUAUUCACAUCCAACCCAAGUUGUCAGCAGGAAAAGGCGCGAAAUUCAAAUUUUCUUUGGUAAGUCAACUCUUUGCGAACACAUUUUCAAACAAGUUCAACUUUAUCAUUUUCAACUUUUUCAAACACAUUUGAAAAAGUAGUCGAUAAAGCAGUUAAACAUCGAUAGAUUAUUAAUAUGUUGUAACAUGACAUCACUAUUUUUGUUCGCACAUAGACAAUUUACGCACACACUUGGAUUUCAUUUUUGGUCACACUUUCGAAGUUUGACAGUCGUUCUAUACUAUCCUAUUUCUAUGGUUUCUUCAAACAAAAACUUCACUUUUGACAUUGACAUAUCCGAUCCAUAUCGUAUCUAGACCUAGUAUUUAACGUAUCUUAAACUUCGAAUCGGGGCGUUUACCUAUUUGUUUUGCGUUUAAAUA